AUGCCUCGAUGUCCCCUCCAGCUCCCUUACUUCAUUGACGGCCCCACCAAGCUGACGCAGAGCAACGCCAUCAUGCGCUACAUCGCCCGCAAGCACAAGAUGUGCGGUGAGACGGAGGAGGAGAUCCUCCGCGUGGACAUGCUGGAGAACCAGAUCAUGGAUUUCCGCAUGAGCCUGGUGAUGGUCUGCUACAACCCCGACUUUGAGAAGCUCAAGCCGGGCUACUUGGAGCAGCUGCCGGGGAAGCUGAAGCUCUUCUCCAACUUCUUGGGGGACAGAAAGUGGUUUGCGGGGGAGAAGGGCUCGCACCAGCCCCUGGGCGGGGAAGGGGGCCCUGGAGAUGGGAGGGGGGCAUGA